AUGUCCGUCGCCCCGUCCUACGACCGCACCGAAGAGCUCCGCGCGCUGGACGCAACCCUCGCCGGCGUCCGCGGCCUUGUUGCUUCUGGCGCGAAGCAGGUGCCUCGCAUCUUCCGCGUUCCCUCCCCUGAGGAGCCACUCCAGCAGGCCCAACAACCGCCAGCGGCGGCGACCGUCCCGGUGAUCGACCUCAGCGGCGACCACGCAGCCGUGGUGGACGCGGUCCGCGGGGCGGCAGGGGAGUGGGGGUUCUUCCAAGUUACAGGCCACGGGGUGCCCGAGCAGGUGUCAGCAGCGGUGGCGGCGAUGCGGGCGUUCCACGAAGCCGACGCCGGGGAGGGGCUCUACUCGCGGGAGCCCGGGAAGGCGGUGAAGUACCACUGCAACUUCGAUCUGUACCAGUCGGCCGUGGCCAACUGGCGCGACUCGCUCUACCUGCGCAUGGCACCCGACCCUCCCGCCGCCGACGAGCUGCUGGACAUCUCCCGACCGCAGGCAAGCCAUGGGUUAAGCUUAAUAUCUAUCCUCUGCCUUCUCCAACUGCCGUUCGAUUUCUCAGCAAGUCUGUUCGUUUGCGCGGAUGCCGAGCAGAGAAGGAACAAGCGACUGGCCCCCGUCGUAUUUCAAGGGGCUAUCUACGCCAAAAUCAAGCUGGCAGCAGAGUGCGACAAAGGCAUCAAAGUGAACUAUAGGGAUAUGCCCGGGUCGGACAAGGGACAGAUUUUAGUUGGGCAGUACUACCCACCAUGCCCCCAGCCUGAAGUCGCCAUUGGGAUAAGCCGGCAUUCAGACUCCGGCUUCCUGACGAUACUACUCCAGGAUGAAGUUGGCGGCCUUCAGAUCCUCCACGAGGACCAGUGGGUCGAUGUUACACCGACACCUGGAGCAUUCAUCGUCAACAUAGGCGAUCUCCUGCAGUUGAUCUCUAACGACAAGUUUAGCAGCGUCGAUCAUAGAGUGGUGGCAAACAAUGCUGGACCAAGAGUUUCUAUCGCGUUCUUUUUCACCACUGGUUUCCAUCCAGCUUCGACAAGAAUGUACGGCCCAAUCAAGGAGCUGCUGUCCGAGGAGAACCCUCAUUUGUACAAGGAAACCCUCGUCAGAGAGUAUUUUGCACGUUACAACUCUGUUGGCUUGGAUGGCAAGCAGAAGACUGCUCUAGCUGAUUUCAGGUUGUGA